AUGGCCUUGCAGGCUCGGCCCAAGGUGCUCAUGUUUGAUAUUGGAGGAGUUUGUGUCCAAUCUCCCUUCCAAGCCAUCCUCGACUAUGAGAUCGCCGAGGGCAUCCCGACGGGGUACAUCAACUACUCGAUCCGGGCGUUGACGCCCAACGGGGCAUGGCACAGGCUGGAGCGCGGCGAGAUCCCCAACGACGCCGAGUACUUCCGCAUGUUCAAGGCGGACCUGCAGCGGCCGGACCUGUGGGCCGCGUUCCACCGCGAGAAGCUGUCCGUCGCCGACGACUCCAAAGUCCCGCCCGUCCCGGAUAUCGACACCGAAAAGCUGUACUGGAGCAUGAUGAGCCACUCGCGCACCCCGGACCCCUGGAUGUACCCUGCCUUACUGAAACUGAAAGCCGACGGACGGUACAAGCUCGCUGCGCUGUCCAACACCACCGUCUACCCGGAGGGCCACCCGUUCAACGACCCUUCGCCCGCCGACGACGUCCGAAAAGUCUUUGAGAUCUUUGUGUCGAGCGCCCACGUCGGCAUGAGGAAACCCAACCGCGACAUCUACGAGCACGCCAUGGAGCUGAUGCGCGAGAAAUGGGAUCCGGACAUCAAACCGCAAGACAUUGUGUUUUUGGACGACAUCGGCGAGAAUCUCAAGACCGCCCGCAGUCUGGGCAUGAGGACCAUCAGGGUCGUCCUGGGCAAGUCCAAGGACGCGGUCCGAGAGCUGGAGAAUGUGACGGGCUUGACCUUGGUGGGCGAGCCAUGGACCAAGGCGAAAUUAUAG